GGCUUAUGGGAAGAUGCUUUAUAUUAUGACACCUGUCCUCCUGCGGGAUCUUGAUGACCCGUCAUCCUCGCGCUCUCUGUCUCACUGAAGUGGGUUUGACUCCCACUCAUCACAGGAGAUCUUUCAUCAGCCUCACCAAUAAGAGAAAAGAGUAUUCAGAGAGGAGAAUACUAGGGUACUCAAUGCAAGAGAUGUAUGAUGUGGUAGCCAAUGUGGAUGACUACAAACACUUUGUACCGUGGUGUAAAAAGUCCCAAACCAUCAUGAAAAGGGCCGGUCAUGCCAAAGCUCAGCUGGAAGUGGGCUUCUCUCCUGUUGUUGAGCGAUACACUUCAAUGAUAAGCCACGUCCGUCCACAUCUGGUCAAAGCAGUGUGUUCGGACGGUAAACUCUUCAAUCAUUUAGAGACAAUAUGGCGGUUCAGUCCCGGUAUUCCUGGCUAUCCUCGCACAUGCACUGUAGACUUCUCUAUCUCGUUCGAGUUCCGCUCAUUGCUGCAUUCGCAGUUAGCGACGGUGUUUUUCGACGAGGUGGUGAAGCAGAUGGUGGCCGCGUUUGAGCGGCGAGCCGGCAAACUCUACGGACCCGAGACGAGAAUACCCCGCGAGCUCAUGUUUCACGAGAUCCAUCAAAUGUGAGAUGCACCUUCAUACUGGACUCCUAGAACUCUUUAGACCGUUAUCACAUGACAAAUCAGAUCACUAGAUUACUUUGGGAUGGUAGCAGAGAUACCAUUUACUUUUAGAAAAAGAUUUCAGUUCAUCUGAGGUACUGUACCUUCUACGUGUAUUUUUUAAUUUUUUCUUUUGCUUUUUGAAUGUGAAUGAAGAUUAAUUGAUUAUUGCAGCCCUGACUGGUAAGAUUUGAAAGUUGAAGUUCAAAAAACGGACACUUGGACGUUUCACUAGGGUUUCAUCUGGUUUACUCUUUUUGUCUUGCUGCGAGAUAAUUGGGGCCAACUCUGACUGAUUACUGAAACUGAAAGGAAUAUUUUAGGUGAAAUCUGUCGCACGCUGUUGAUUACCACACAACAUUGUUUUGAUUUGUACCUCAGAUUUUAUAAACAAACAAUAAAACAUGUACAGCACAAGCAUUGUUUACUUUCCCCUUGCAAAUGCGCAGCUGUUGAUGAUUUUUAUGGUUUUAAGUCAAUAUUAUUUUGUGUGGUAAUCAACGGCAUGCAAAAGGCACAGAUAAACCCAGAAUAUUCUUUCUCAAACGAAUCUUCAUAUACCUAAAUAUUAAUAUAGUGAAAAUACAGACCUACUUGAUUUCCACACUGCACUGAAUUUAUAAUAUUCAUCUCAAGAAAUCACACUCGGAGGUUUGUUACUCCAAACACAACUGUAAAUAUAAUAAAAAUUAAUUAUGCCGUUAGAGUGACCUCAAAUGUUUUUCUCACCUAAAUAUUUAUCCUCAUAGACAACAAAAAACUUUUGUUUAUAGAAGUAGUGCAUUGUAAUGAAAAAAAAAUUAAGAAUUAUAUUUAGCAUGCUUUUGCUUUCUUUGGAUGCAUUCAUACAAACUCAGGGCUUUGGAGAAAUUCAAAGGAAAGAAAUGUAAGAACUCAACCUGUUGUUCCCUAAUAGUGAUCCCAGUUUGUGCCUGUUCAUGUAGACUGUGCCAUUUCUGUUUUGUUGCUACAUUAAUGUUUAAACACUACUGUAUUUGUGUUUUGUGAUUUCUUGAAAAGCUACAGUAUGAGCUGGCGAAGCAUCAGAUACAAGCAGAGCGGUUUCUUUUUUUCAACAUUUAUUUCAUGAGAUUUUGUUAUUAGCCAUUUCAAUGCCUUAUGUGAGUGUUCAUGGCAUUUAUAAAUGACUUCAAAUAAUGUAAUUGUCAAGAUGUUGAUUGGUAAUUUACUUGUGCUGUAUCAAACACCUGUCUAAGAGUCUUCCGUGGAAAUAACGUCACCGUCAGUAGAUUUCUAGGGUUUGUCAUAAAAACACCUUGUUAGAUGUCAGAAUGUUUGGUUGAAGGACUGUGAAUAAGAACCAAAGAGAUGAGCAGUGCUUCAUAAGAGCAAGAAGAGCAGUUUUAGAAAUUCUCUCUGAAAUGAAUGUUGUCUGUUCAGUAAACCUUAAUUCUCGGUCAA